GAUCAAUUUGAAAUGUUAAUUGGAUUAAGACCUGGUGGUCUUCCCUUGGCACCAAAAAGUAAAAAAUGGAUGGACAAAGUUGAUCUAGCAGUUGCAUUACAAGAUGUGUUGAUAAACAAAGGAAUAAAAACAAUUGCAUAG